GCGCUAAUUAUUUAAUUGUGGACGUCAGUGAUGCCAACAUUGAAUUUGAAAUUAUCAAGUGUCAAGGUUAUUUUUUAGUUUAUAAUCGUUUUUCUUCAAAAUUCUCCGUUUUUGGUGCAAAUUUCCCACUUGUCAUGCUUCCUGACGGGGAAACCCCGUCCUGUUCGGAAACAACAGCAUCAGGCACAAAAUUGGGCACAUGUGAGGUCUGUGCGCGCAAAAACGCCAAGUAUUGUUGCCCCCGAUGCGAGGUGAAGACCUGUUCGCUCAGUUGCAAUAAAAUCCACAAGCUGGAGGUCGAGUGUAGUGGCGUGAGAGACAGGGCUAAGUUCAUCCCUGUUAAUAAGUUCACAAAUUUGGAUUUGUCGAGCGAUUAUCGCUUGUUGGAGGAGAUUUCACGCGUGGUUGAGACUUCGAAAAAGGGGCGCUCGAGUUUUGGUUACAAUUUCACGAAGGGGUUGUUGCGUUUGCAACAGGAGGCUCUAAAGAGGCACAUUACGUUGAAAUAUCUCCCUCGGAGUUUUGUGCGUCAUAAGAACAACACCACUCGUUUUGAUUUCAAGUCACAAGUGAUUGAGUGGCGUGUUGAUUGGGUGUUUGUCAAUUGCGAAAACUUGAAAAUCAGUGAAGAUAAAGUGCCUGAGAAUUUGAGACUUAGUAAAAUUCUUGAUAAGUAUUUGAGUAAGCAAGGAGAUGAGGCACUGCAGUAUUAUCAAGCUGCAAAUUUGCCUGGUCUUAGAAUAUUGCUAAAAGCGGAAUUAAAAUCAGGGAAAAAGUUCUAUGAGUUGGAUCCGAGCUACACACUGAGAGAGUGUUUGAAAAACAGGGUGAUAAUCGAAUAUCCAACUAUUCAUCUAGUCUUAAAAGACCAAGCAAUUUUUUACGAUAUUGUUGAUUCAGAUGAUGAGGAGGAUACGAAAGCCGAGUUGCAAAAACAGAUAAAGUCGGGUCAGGAAGUUAUUAAUAAAAUUAUCAAAAAAUCGGAAAGUGAUGAUAGUUUAUACGAAUCUCUGAGGAAUUUGUUGUUUAUUAAUGAGUAUUCGGAUGAAGAGCAGGGCUCUGAUGAAGAGGCAAAGUGAACGAAACGGGUUCAUGUUAGAAAAACGACGUUAAAUUUCCAUUGGGGUAUUAUUAAGACAUUGAGAAACAAUGCUUUAUUUUUACAGUGUGUUAUUUAAUUUUUGUUACAAAUAAAUUGGAAGCAUCUGAA